UUCUGGAGCAUGGAAUUUAUAUGGAAGCGAAGGUGGUAUCUUCAGCUGGGCUGUAUAUUGAUACUGAAUUUGGUUUAUGGCAGUCUAGACUAUCAAAAAGAAACCCCUGCAAGCCUGGGUCAGAUUGACCAUCAGUGCUGGGAGGUGUCGUCCCAUGGACUGGUGGAAAUGAAGAAACUCAAGGUAGCCGAUACGGUCAUUGCUCUCUGGGAAUUCAUGAUGUUCCUAAAAGAAUCCCCUAAGCCCAAGCACAACGAACUCUUCAAUGAUUUAGCCCAGAACUUCUGGGAUAUGUAUGUAGACUGUGUGCUCUCAAGAUCCCAUGGAAUGGGCAGAAGACAAUUAAUGUCUCCCAGAUAUUCUUCCACCUACUCACAUAGACCUUUAGAAGGGUCUGCUUUCACCAACCCAUUUUAGGCCUAAAGGGGAGAAAAUGAAGAUACCUCAGCAAGGCAACAUCAAAAUGAAGGAGUACAAAAGCACAGCGUAUACUGUAGAUGCUUAGACAACUCCACUGGCAUAGCUCAACCUUUUUUUUUCCCUCUGUAUAAAGUACUUAAUCACUGCUAAAGAGAAAAGUACAUGAGCUCUCACAUUGUCACUUUUGCUUUCCGGUCUUGCAAUCUACCAAGUUUGCCUUUUUCCCACUGCAUGUGUCAAUGCUUUUGUGUUUUGAGUCAACACCUUUGUUCUCUCA